AUGGGAAUCAAAGGGAAGAUCCUCAUGCACUAUGUCAAUAGAACAUUACAAAGAAUUCAAGUUAGCUAUCGUACAAGAGGCACUCUUGAUCCGCAAUGCGAGAGGAACCUGAGAGCUCGGCUUCGGCCCAUGAAGUCGGCGCGCGUAUUCCAAUGCUGCAGGAAAACAAGCUUCUGGAUAUCAAUUAUCCCCGCGGCAGUAUCGCGAGUAUGGACAGAGCGGGUUAGCGAGGCCGUUGGCGUCAAACCCGAAGCAGCUAGUCGGGUCCGGGCUGUCCUGGAGAUAGGAUGGACGCGCUGUUACACCAAAGUCGAAUAUGUCCAGUUAGGGAGUUCUGGGCUUCGGGUUUCUUCACCCAUUCUUGGUGGCAUGAGCAUUGGUCACAAGGAAUGGCAGGCUUGGGUCGUGGAGGAAGAGGAAGGACUGGAGGCGUUCAAAUUGAGGCAGAGCAAGGAUGAUGUUAACCUAGGAGAUAAAACCCCUCCGUCCCACCCGAAGAGACCAUGA